AGGAAAACAUUCUGUGUGUAUUCAACCGGUAUGUAGCGGGAAACAAUUGCUUUGCCAGUGCGAAAAUUUAUUCAGGUGGAAACUUCAACUAGAGCAGAACUCCUCAUGGCCAAAACUAAAAAGCCUGAAUCAGGCCAACAAGAAACAUUAUCGAGAAAGAAAGCGUUGGAGCUUUAUAAAACCACCAUUAACUUCAAUGUCAUCAACAGAUAUGACCCAGCCGUGAAGAAAUUAUUAUAUAACACCUCGUAUUGUGUGGUGUACAAGUUUGAUGACAGCACUGAACAAUGGAAUAAGACGGACUAUCAGGGCACUUUGACGCUUUAUUUGAGGAGUUUCCAAGUGUCACAGCAGAACUUUGAGCCAACCUUGCAAAGUCUUCAAAAUUUGUUCUGUUACGGCUUGAUACUCUUAAACCGUAAUAACCCAGAAUGUUUUUCCAUUGGGCUAUUACCCAACAAUGUCACCAAACACUAUUUUCCUCGAGGAGUUGACCACAACGGUAUCCUGCAAAUGGACGUGGAACUCAACGACAACUUGAUUAUCGUCAAGAGCCUUCUAGGUGAUAUCUACGGGUUGUGGGUGUUCAAUGAAGUGGACAGAAUGAAACUUUUCAAGUUGUUACAAUUCUGCUUGACCACUGACUCAUCCACCCUUUAGUCACAAGCACUCUCCCUUGUGGCAUGACCGUUACGUGUAUAGAAUUCAUAUAUAAUACAACCUGAAACCCUGGCUUAACU